AUGAAGUUAUUCUGGUUACUUAUGAUCUUGCUCGCGUUAGCAACAUCAUCAACAGCGGUCCCGUAUUACGCCAAGCGAGGAUGCAACGAUACGUGCGGGCAAGUGAGGAUUCCAUACCCUUUCGAAAUCGGAGAAAACUGUUCCGUGAAUAGAUGGUACACAGUUGACUGCAACUCCUCCACACCAUAUCUAUCUGCACUCAACGAUCUGGAGGUAUUGCGCAUAAACUUGGAUAACCAAACAGUAACUGUUAAUGUCUCAAUGAUCUCUGAUUGCCGGAAUCCAGUCCGGAAUAGCAGCCAAAUCUUGAACGUCAACCUUGAUGGGAGUCCGUUUCUGUUUUCCCGACGUUACAACAAAUUUGUUGUGCAGGGAUGUGGUAACGCUGUCAUCUUGGACGAAGGGAGUACGCUCACCGGGUGUUCAACGACUUGUCCAAAUGAUUCCGUUAGCGAAAUUAUAAGCAACUGUGUUGGCAUCAAUUGUUGCCAAACAACAAUCCCUUAUAAUCUGAAGUCGUAUAGCAUGAAUCUGACGAGUUUAGAAAGGCAGGUGGGUGGAGAUGCAGUUUGUGGGUGGGCUCUCUUGAUGGAUGAGAAUUCACAAGUCCGAUCUCUUGCGAAGAACAUCUCUCAUGUUCCAAUAUCACUUUUGUGGACCCUAACAGACCGUGACUCGUCUCUAAUUUAUUGUUGUUUUGUAAAGGAUAAUGUCAAAGUGGAUGUUGGCAAUGGUAAAUCAAUUAUGUCGUAUAAAUGCCGCAGUUUCAACGAUUAUUACGAAGGAAAUUAUUAUAUACGAGAUGGAUGUGAUGUUAGCCAAGAAUGUCAAAGGUGUAUAUCUGAUGGCGGUUCAUGUAGCAAUAACAAUACUGAAUAUCAUGAAGAUGGCUUAGUUAGCAAGGAAAACUGGAAAUGUAUGUACUGGGGAUCAGUAGUUGAAGAAAAAAAGUCUCGGGCUGUUAUUCUAGCAGAUGGUGGAGGAAGCGAUGGUGGGUGUGUAGAAGGGGGCGACGGCGACGGGCUAUUUUCUGCUUCAGGCGACGGCGACGGUGGACGCGAUGGCGGAGGCGACGGUGACGGCGGCAGGCGCAGAGUGCGUCGCGUUCUUGGAGGGGACGGGUCGGCGAUGAGGGGGGUGACGAUWGGUGAUCGUGGUGGCGACGGCGACAUGGCAGGGGACGAGGAAGAUGACCCGUCGGCAACUAGGUCAACAAUCUCAGGUGGUCCGGUUCUUCGUGUGGCGGUGGAGCAAGUCCGCCGUCGGUUACUUCGCCGGACCGGUUGUGUAGGUUUGCGGGCGGCUGAUCUCUUCAGGCGAGGUGUUAGCAUAAGCAUGGGUGUACUUCUUCUUGUGGCAAUAAGCUAUGUAUUGUACAAAGUGAUCAAGAAAACAAAAGCAAGGAGAAGGAGAAAGAGGUUCUUUAAACGUAAUGGUGGUUUACUUCUAAAACAACAAGAGGAAGCUGACCCCUCUUUCUUUGAUAAAACCAUACUUUUUACAUCACGUGAGUUGGAGAAGGCCACAGACUAUUUCAACGAGAAUAGAAUUCUUGGUCGAGGAGGUCAAGGUACGGUCUACAAAGGUAUGUUAAUAGACGGAAGAAUUGUGGCGGUGAAGAAAUCGAAGGUAGUUGAUGAAAGCCAAUUAGAGCAGUUCAUCAAUGAGGUGGUCAUUCUUUCGCAAGUCAAUCAUCGCAACGUGGUCAAACUAUUGGGAUGUUGCUUGGAGACGGAAGUCCCUCUACUUGUUUCUGAAUUCAUUUCAAAUGGGACCUUGUAUGAUCAUCUUCACAAUGAGACCAAUGACUCCCCAGUUUCUUUGAACAUGAGAUUGCAAAUUGCUACAGAGGUUGCAGGAGCCGUUGCUUACUUGCAUUCAGCAACUUCCGUUCCAAUAUACCACAGGGACAUCAAAACCACUAAUAUACUUUUGGAUGAUAAACACAGAGCCAAAGUUUCUGACUUUGGAACUUCAAGGUUCGUAUCAUUGGAUCAAACUCAUCUCACUACCUUAGUCAAAGGUACAUUUGGUUACCUAGAUCCUGAGUACUUCCAAUCUAGUCAGUUCACUGAAAAGAGUGAUGUUUAUAGUUUUGGAGUUGUCUUGGUUGAACUCAUGACGGGUGAGAUGCCGAUUUCCCUGACUCGAUUUGGUGAAAACAGAAGCUUGGCUACACACUUUAUGUUGGCUAUGGAAGAAGGUCGUGUCAUGUCUAUUAUUGAUGCAAUGGUUAUUAAGGAGGGUACGAGGGAUGAGAUAUUGGCAGUAACUAACCUCGCAAUGCGAUGCUUGAAUUUGAGUGGAAAAAAUAGGCCAACAAUGAAAGAAGUUGUUGUAGAGUUGGAAACCAUACGAGUGUCUCAUGUUCCCUCGAUGGUUCAAACAAACUCCCAACAAGUGAUGCAGGCAAUGGAAUUACACAUGAUAACGUAUGGUGAGUCAACGUCAACGUUCAUGAGUGUUGAUGACGAAUUUAGUCAAUAAUGCAAAAAGGUCAUUUGUAUCAUUGCUUAAUUAAGUGACAUUGUGGUAUGUGUAGUUCAUUACAACAACAUUGGCAGAUAUAAUUGUCAAUGCACCUGUUAGUUGCUAUAUAAGAGUUGCAACUGGGUCAGGGGUUUGGGUAUUUUGUUUUGUAAAUCUAACCUCUUGAAUGUUA